AUGAACUCCCUCCGCAUUGCCCGCGCGGCCGUUCGUGCCCGCCCCGUCGCCAUGCGCAUGGCUGCUCAGCGCAGAGGCUACGCCGAGGCCAUCCCCGACAAGGUGCGCUCUUCCCCCGAAAUCCCCUUGCUGCUUAUCCACCCAUGGCUAACUCGCGAAACAGAUCAAGCUGAGCCUGUCUCUGCCUCACCAGGUACGAAUUUCCCUACGUUGACUGCCCGAAGGCGUGUUGCGAAGCGAGCGAACCGAAAUUUGCGAGCCAAUUGCGCGCGCCGAAACUUUUUUUUGCCGGCCGGCCAGGCUCGGAGCGCCGCCCCCGACCGUUGCGAGAAUUUACGGCAACACCGUGCUAAUUACCUCAACCAGACCAUCUUCAAGUCGCAAAACGUCGUCCAGGUCAACAUCCCCGCCGAGUCUGGCGAGAUGGGCGUCCUCGCCAACCACGUCCCCUCCAUCGAGCAGCUCAAGCCCGGCGUCGUCGAGGUCGUCGAGGAGAGCGGCAGCACCAAGUCCUUCUUCCUUUCCGGCGGAUUCGCGACGGUCCAGCCCGACUCGGCUCUCAGCAUCAAUGCCCCCGAGGCCUACCCCCUCGAGGACUUCAGCGCCGAGGCCAUCCGCAACCAGAUUGCCGAGGCCCAGAAGAUUGCCAGCGGUAACGGUAGCGAGCAGGAUAUUGCUGAGGCCAAGAUUGAGCUCGAGGUUCUCGAGACCCUCCAGGCUCAUGUGAAAUAA